CGCUGUCCCGGCGACCGAGGAAAGCCUAUUUCAGGGCUCCUCGGUAGCAGAAUCCCCCCCUCCCCUCCCCCCAGACGGGGCUGGCUGCUGGCGGCGGUGUCUCAUUCCGCGCGGUUUAUUCCGGUUUCUUCCUCGGCUGAAAAAGAAUGGCCGGAUUCAUUACCAGGUUCUCAUUCAUUCUCUGGAGCAAGCACCUGCAGCCCCCGUUUCUUGGCGAUGCUCUUCAUUCGUGCGAUUUCGGACAUGGCCUUUGAAGCCCGCUGCCGGGCGCGCGAGCUGGCAAAAUGUUUCCUCACUCCUGUCAUAACGCUGCGGCAACCUGGGGACCCCCCCCCCAGUGCGGACGUUUUCUUGAUAAUCAGCCCACCCCGACCCGAUCGUGUCAGUGCAGCUGGGCUCAGCUCAUCCGUCCGCAGGCCGAACAAAACGAAUGAGACUCUGCCCUUCCGCUUUAGGUAUCCCAUCAUGCUACCGAGCAGCAGCAGCAUCUGAAACCCAACAUCCGACACAAUGGGCGCAGUUGUGCAAGCCAAGACCGUUCGCCCAACAUCAAACGAACGACCAAGCACUGUUUGCACCGUCCGCCGGGCCCAUCAGCGGCCAGAGCAUCCCACUGUCGCUUCGUACAUGGUAUGUUACCGACGCAGCGGUGCGCCAUUUUCAUCAGUUGCAGCGUCGUCGCCGGUGCGCUUCCUGUCAGCUGAUGGCCGCUGACGACGCCACUCUGUUUUCUCCGUGUCUUCCGGAGCUCGUGCCCACUUUAACUGCCCCCUGUUGCUUCCAGCCGGAACCUCUGCCCAGCGCUACCACGCCCGGAGUUGAUGUCAUUUUCCAAUACACCUCCGUGUUGGUGUCGCUCUCAUACCCCGUACUUGUCUUGGAGAGUUGCAUUCUGGCCCGGCGCCUCUGACCUUCCCCCUCGUCUCCCUCUUCUCCCUCCUGCCAACGUAGCACGGGACAUGCCCGACAACAUUUGUGACCAACGUGCCAACCUCGUAGAUCAGCGAAGAGAGAAAAGAAAAGGACAGUUAGAGAGGAAGCAUCAACCGACCGGAUCGUUGGUGGGAACGGAGGCCGGGGAAGGCACAAAGCCCUUCGGAGCCCAGCCGACACUCCGUCAUGGUUCAGAUUUUUUUUGCUGGGACAAAAUGCCAAAGCAAGUGAAUCAAACCAGCCGAAACAAUGGAAUUUCUCACACAACCGGCGAUCAGUACGACCACGGCCGGGGUUUAGGUAGUGAGUGUGGUGUUUUGUUUUGGGCCUUGCGGCCUCAGGCGUAACUAUGUCAUGAAG